AUGGCAAUGAUGGGACUGUCCGGGUUUGGUAAGCAAACCAAGAAGCGGACUGUUGACGUUGUGGCACGGUACGAGUCGACGAAACGGGCUGAACCGACUGCGGAGAAAGGCGAACUCAAGGGGGAUGAAAACCCGGCUGCUAAGCGCGCACGCGUUGGUGAGAAUGUGCCAGAGGUGGAACAGGAUGAUGAGGUGGGGCCUGUGCCUCAUCCGUCUUUGGCAAACAAGGGAGAUGCGGGCAAAGUCGACGAGAGCGACGAUGAGCAAGACGAGGGCGCUGAAGACUCGGACCCCGAUGACGAGUCGACUUUCCCAAUUACGCACGAAAUCACCCUCAAGGAUCAUACCAAAGUUGUGUCGGCACUUGCAGUUGACCCUUCCGGUGCCCGUGUUGUCACCGGCUCGCACGAUUACGAUGUCAAAUUAUGGGAUUUUGGUGGUAUGGAUGCUCGAUUCAAGCCGUUUAGGAGUUGGGAGCCAGCCGAAAGUUACAUGUAUGUCCAUGAUCUCAAAUACUCCAAUGCCGGAGACAAGUUUUUAGUUAUUUCUGGGACGAGCCAAGCCAAGCUGUAUGAGCGAGACGGCGAAGAAGUUGCAACUUUCAUCAAAGGAGACCCAUACAUCCGCGAUAUGAAAAACACCGCUGGCCACGUUGGGGAGCUCACAGCAUGUGCCUGGCAUCCAAAAGAAUCUAAUCUGUUUAUCACAUCUUCAUACGAUUCGACCAUUCGCAAGGAGCGGGGGACGCGGACCAAAGUCAUGUCCUGCACCUACUCGCGCGAUGGGAAAAUGAUUGCGGGAGCGUGCUUGGACGGGGCGUUACAUAUCUGGAACACGAACAGCAAUUUUGUGCGCCCGAGUCUGAGUAUCGAGGGUGCACAUGUGAAAGAUACGGAAACGGGGUCGGUGACGUUUGCGCUCGAUGGAUAUACGGUCUUGACUCGGGGAGGGGACGAUACAGUCAAACUGUGGGAUACACGGUCGUUCAAGAAACCCGUAACGACGGCGACGGAUGUUCCUACAUUGUACCCUGGAACAAGUGCGAUUUUCUCCCCGGAUGAGAAGUACAUUGUCACCGGAGCGGCGGCGAUCCCGGGACGACAGCCCGGUCGGCUGCUGUUUAUGCCCCGACAUGGAGCCUCGGGUGAGAACGGACUCAAGCCCGCGCGGUCUGUCAUACUGGGGGAAAAAGUGAGCGCGGUCAAGGUUGUCUGGCAUUCGAAAAUCAACCAGGUUCUAGCGUCGCUUUCAGAUGGUUCGGUACGGGUACUAUACUCGCCUAAUGCGUCUACCAAUGGAGCCAAGUUGUGUGUGACGCGGGCACCGAAGAAAGUUACCAUCGAAGACAUCAGCGCGGCGCUGCGGGAUGCUCCCAUCCUCACGCCACAUGCGCUGCCAAUGUUCAAGGAAGACGAGGGCAGGAGCGGACAGCGCAGACGCGACAAGGACCGCUCGGAUGCGGUCAAGACGCGCAAGCCAAUGCCCCCAGUCAAUGGACCCGGACGCGGUGGACGAGUCGGUGCAAGCGCGACGCAGCACAUUGUGCAACACAUGUUCCGGGAUACAUCGCGCGACGAGGACCCACGCGAGGCGUUGCUCAAGUACGCGACCAAGGAAGGCGAGGAUCUUAGGUGGACCCAAGCAUGGAAGGAUUCUGGGAAUGUAUUUGCAGAGGUUGAGGAGGAGGAGAAGGAAGAGGGCGCGUAG